CAAAGAAAGAAAAAGGCAUAAAAGCCAAUCUUUAUCUUCUCUUUCGCUAACUCACCACUAAUAUAUAUGAUCCAAAUACCCCAUUUCUGUAGUAUAUAUAGCAGUUAGAAAAAAAACAAGCAGGAAAGAUACAUCAGCUGGAAAUAAUGGGCACUUGUUUGCCUGAAAAACUAUCAUCAAGCAGGGAAAAGGUGAUAAAAGAACUUGUUCGAGGCCAUGAAUUUGCAACCCAACUUCAAAUUCGCCUCCAGAAACCUUGUGGAAAUUUUGAUGGGCGUUUUUCUUCACCGGGUGAGCUUGUAGGGAAGAUCUUAAGAUCUUUUUCUGAGACUCUUUCUGUCAUUACUUCUAGUGAAUCUGCAGGUGGUGAGAUUUGUCAAAAUCUAGCAAGUUCACUAGGAGACUCUGCUUGUUAUGAUGACCGGAGGUCUAAAGAUUCCGGCGAGAGCAAGAAGAGGCCGGCUACCAAGGAUAGGAGAGGUUGUUACAACAGAAAAAAGAUUUCCCAAUCAUGGACUACAGUCUGUCCUACGAUUGAAGACAGUCAUGCAUGGAGAAAAUAUGGGCAGAAGGGGAUCUUGAAUGCUAAAUACCCAAGGAGUUACUUCAGGUGUAUUCGCAAGUAUGAACAAGGUUGCAAGGCAACAAAACAAGUCCAAAGAAUGGAAGACAACCCAGACAUGUACCAUAUCACAUACAUUGGCAGCCAUACAUGCAGAAACAUCCCUGAGGCUCCACAAAUCAUCACAGAUUCUGAUCCCUGGGAAUCUUACAAUCUAACGAAUAGUGGCAGUUCUCAUUCAAAGAUUCCUAGAUAUGAAGAACAAGAUCAUCAUCCCAUUAUGGGGUCAUCCUGUAAAGUAGAGCAAGAAUCUAAGGAAGAUCAGACGCCAACUAAUCUAGCAGACAAUGUUUCGUCUUUAGAUUCAUUCAUGUGGAAGGAUCUAAUCCCAUUUCAAGAACCAGUGGAUGAGCCUACCAUGAUAUUGAGGUCUGAUUAUGAGGCAGUGGAUUCUAUACAUUUGUUCUCAUGUACAGAGGUCACCUCUCAAAGUUUGGACAUGGAUUUUGUCGUCAAGUCUUUUGAUUUUGACUGUGAUUUUCAUUUUGAUUAGAGUGAGUUUUCUAGGCUACAAUAAUUAAUUAAAUCCUGUUUAAAAUUAGUAUUCAUAAAUACCCACCUCAACAGAAUAAAUUCCGUGUACCAUUUUUCAUUACA